GCUUUUCCUCCCCCUCCAUCCCCGAUUCCAGCGUUAUACCCUUUGAUUCUAAUACCCUGUCUCAUCGCAUCACCCCAAUCCGUCAAAAUGGCCGACUUCCAGACCGUCGCUGAGCAGUUCGUUCAGUUCUACUACAACACCUUCGAUGCAAAUCGCGCGCAGCUGGCUGGUCUCUACCGUGAUAAUUCCAUGCUCACUUUUGAGACCGACUCCAUUCUGGGCGUUACCAGUAUCGUUGAAAAGUUGACUGGUCUUCCCUUCCAGAAGGUGCAGCACCAGGUCGGCACACUUAACGCCCAGCCUUCUAAUGAGAAUGGCGGUAUCCUUGUCCUCGUGACUGGUGCUCUGCUUGUCGAUGAGGAGCAGAGACCCAUGAACUACACCCAGACUUUCCAGCUUUUGCCUGACGGAACUGGAAGCUACUUCGUUUACAACGACGUCUUCCGUCUGGUUUACGGUUAAGUGCGGAAUCGUGGAGGCCGAUGUUGUAGGUUAGGUAGCUUAUGAAGAUUACGAUUAUGAGGGGAUAACGGCUCUGCUGCUACUUCUUCUGCUGUGGGAAUGACUUGUUCGAUUUCCUAGUAGCGGAGUAGUACUGUGGGUAUUGGACGUUCCUUUCCCUGUUAUACACUGGCUAGACUUGAAACCAUAUCACAUUGUCUAUUGAGGUUUUUGUCCUA